UGGAAGACGCAUUGGCUGUGUUGUUGGGCGGGCCAGAAUUAUCUCGAUCCCACGCAUUCCGAUUUGCUUGCAAUUCCAAGCUCCACACGAAUCUGUCAUGAACCAAGCUCGGAUCCAGAUGGAAACGAUUUCUGGAUCAAUGAAACGAGAUCGUCCACUGCUCCUCCUCCUCCUCAUGAAGCCUGCUGCUGCUGCUUUUGCUUCCAGGCUUCGUUACCUUUGAGAUUAGCGGCUUUGUUAGCACAAUCGGAGGGUGAAGGGUGGCGUAUCAUCUCGUGGCUGUGCGUGACGGGAGGCGUUGCCGGCUGUUUUUUUGUGGCAGAGAUGUGUUCUGAGUUGGGUUUCUGAAAGAGGGGAGUACAGGGAUUCGAGGAAUGUGGGAAAGGGAAAAGGUGUAGCGGGAAUUAGCAGUUGAGUGUAGAAGUGGACAUGGCAUGGGGAGACGGGAGUGUGAGAGCGUGGCUGAGACGAUCGCGGGGUGGAGGAGCAUGGGACGAGAUUGAGGUGGAGUCUGGGAUUGUUGCAGCUCGGGAGAGGUGCCAGCCGCGGAGGGUGUGCAGCAGGCUUGGGUUCUGUGCUGUGUUGUUGGGGGCGCGAAACGGUUGCUGGGAGCGUUCGUGAGUUCAGACGAGGGAGAGGUUGGAGUACAACACUUGUGGAGAGCGGCAAUUUCAGAGGCGGAAUGGGGGUCUACACCGAUGAAUAUGUGGUCGUGCGUAGGGGCAGGAACCCUGGGGAUCCGAGUGAGAUAACUAUCAAUUGUCCUGAUAAAGUGGGACUUGGUUGCGAUCUCGCCCGAAUCGUAUUUGAGUUUGGCCUAAGCGUUACGAAAGGGGAUAUGUCGACCGAUGGACGCUGGUGUUUUGUAGCUCUGUGGGUGACACCCAGAUCGCGUCCUUCAACAGUGCGUUGGUCAUUGUUGAAACAACGGUUGGAAGAUGUAUGCCCGUCUGCUCUGGCUUCUAUAUUAACUCCUGUGUCUCCCCCUGUGCCGGAAGCCAAGAGGGUCCUGCUGCUGCAAGUCUGCUCGUCCGAUCGGACAGGCCUCCUCCAUGAUGUUGCACAAAAGUUGUGGGAAAUGGAGUUAACUAUACACAAAAUCAAAGUAUCAACCAGCCCUGAUGGGAGAGCUGUUGAUUUGUUUUUUGUCACAGACAAUAGUCUUGCAUUUUGCGGCAGAAACAAGCAGCCGUGGAAGAAAAGGGCGGAGGAAGUAACAAAUCAGCUGAAAGAAUUUUUGGGAGAGCCAUGUUCACUUUGUGAGAUUAGUCUUGCUGGAUCUGAGUGUGGGGGUCUGACUUGCUUCCCUCUGCCUGCCACAAUCACCAAAGAUAUAUUUUACGAAGAUCCGGCAACAUUCGAAAAAGGAAAUACAAAAAGUGAGAAAAUUAACUCUAGAAGUGAGCAUCAUGCUAAUGAAGUCGUUGUUACUGUCGAGAAUAGCACCAGCCCUGUUCACAGUUUGGUUCAACUUACUUGUAAGAGCCGGAAAAGUUUACUGUACGACUGCCUCCGCACCGUGAAGGACUUCAGUUUGAAGGUGGCACAUGGGCGUAUUGGCAUGUUGGAGAAUGGCAACUCUGAGAUCAGUCUUUUCGUGCUGGGUCCAAGUGGACAGAGGAUUACCAAUGUGCAAGACCAGAAAAGUCUAGCUCAGUGCGUGGAAGAGGAAGUUGGGCAUCCUGUGCGAAUUAAGGUGGGGACGAGAGGACCUGACACAGAGUUACUUGUUGCCACUCCUAUUGAAAAGUGCGGAAGGGGUCGACCUCGGGUUUUAUACGACGUUACCCUAGCUCUGAAAAUGCUGGACAUAUGUAUAUUUAAGGCUGAUAUUGGAAGGCAUGAUUACAAUGAAAAACGUUGGGAGAUCUACCGUUUCCUGCUUGUGGAUAGAGAAGAAUUUUCCUUGACAUGCGCAAGGAUGCGCAACCUUAUUGUGGAUCAAGUUCGACAUAUUCUUCUGGGUUAAAUACAACUUCAUACCUUGAGACUUUUAAUCUUCCAUUUUAGCCAAUCUUCUGAAGAUACUGUACAUCUCGGAGGAUUUUGGCAUGAGCAGCUAUUCAAACCAGCUGCUCUGACAUGGGCAGACUGCAAAGCUGUGCCAGAACGGCAUGUUGGUGGAAACCAUAAAGGAUACAUUGAAGAAACAUUUUUCACAAUGGUCACUUUUAGUCUACCUAAUAUUAUCAAAGCCAAAGAUGAUAUCAUGAUGGAUUAUGAUCAAACUCCCACAGCUUGAAUAUUUUUGAUUUAGAAAUCAAUCACAAUUCUCCCUCCGAUUACAUCACCUGGUGCAAAGGGAUAACCAGGGCUGGGGAAGCAUGGGAGGUAAGACAUCUGGUUGAAUGGUAUUAAAAAGGUAUUGUAAAAGUAUGUUUUUUCAUGAUGAAGUUCAAGAAUUGUAUUUAUUCUCAUUAGUUUAGUAGCUUUCUACCAUUGAGAGUGCUUGGCUUUCUUUAUGCACAAAGUUUUUAAUUGUUAACAUAUUAAAAGGCUUGCAAUCAAAAGAAUUUGUUAUCGCAAA